AUGGAUGAGAAGCUGGUGGUGAGACAGCGGCGUCCACGGAAUGACGGGAUUGCCGGAGUGGCGAAUACGCCGAAUUCGGUAGUCGAUCAGGUUACAACCUCGUCUGCAGAAGUAAGAGAAUCGCGAAAUCGGCGUAAUAACCAUAAGCACAAUAAAGAGCAGGAAUCGGAUUGGCGAUCUAGCGAGAAACCGCAAAACAAGAAGAAAGAAAUGCCGCAUGGUCAGGAUCUUGUAGAUCGAAUAUGGAUGGAAAUCGACAACCAAGCGCGAGAAGAUCGAGAAAAAAAGGCGAAACGAAAGGCUGCUGAAGAGGCGAUGAAAGGUCGGGAACGAACGUCGCCGGUGUGUUUCGACCUGACCGCCGCCAAUCUCAAAGCGCAACAACAGGACGAUUCGAUCGCGAAGCAGUUCAUUCAACGCGAAGCAAUGGUCGAUCAGUUGCUCGGCUACAAAAUGCUUUUUGGAAAAAUGGAAAGCUAUACGACGUUGGGAUUUGAGCGCAUGGAUCCACCGUAUCCCACUUAUCCGCAUACGAGUAUUCAUGAGGAAGACGACCUGUACCCGGUUCCUAAGAAGGGUCCGAAAACCCCUCCUGGAUCACCGGGGCCAUCGACACCACCACCACCACCGCCACCACAACAGCCGGGACCAACGCAUCGACCAUCUUCGUCGAAUCGAACUGAGCUGAAUCGACGAAAUCUUGUUUAUCAGUUGGCGAUGAUGGCAAAUACUGAUAUUGGACAAGUCGAGACUUAUAUGGGAAAUGAGAUCAAUAAUGUGAUCUCGAACGCGAGCAGCAGCAACGUCGACAUAUUGGAGACGCUGAAAUCGGCUCUUCAAACAAUGGUGAACAAAAGAGAAGCGGAGAAGAAUGUUUCGCCGAAUAAAACAGCGAGGUCGCGGAGAUUGGACAAUUAUUUGUCGGAUCAUAUGGAAAUUGUCUCAAACUGCUCGGAAGAGCGGCAUUAUGAUAGUGAGAUUCUGAGUGCUCCUCCACCUCCGCCGUGUCUUCCGCCACCGCCUCCACUUCCGACACUUUUGAUGAAUCCGCUGCCACCGCCGCCAGCGAUGAGCUUACCGUCGAUGAGUGUUCCGCCGCCGAUGUUGCCGCCUCCACCACAAAUCAAUAAUAUGCAAUUCACAGCACCGCCACCUCAGUAUCUGCAAACUCAGCCACCUAGUCAGCCGUUGCCGCCGCCGCCGCCCACAUCGCAGACGGCCUAUUCGAUGCCGGUUCCGCCACCGCCGCCUCCAAAAAUGGCGCCGGUUCCUUUGAUGAGCUUACCCCCGCCGCCAUUGUUGGCCCCCAGAGUAGCCCCGCCCACACACAUCGAUGGAGGACCACCGACGAAACGGCCAGCAGUCGCUUUGAAAUCUAUAGUGGAUAUUAAAACACCAAAAGGCGCGCCUCCAGCAAUGCAGCAAAAGUCGAAGCAACGUCAACAAUGGCGAAAUGGGCCGUCACAAGCGGCUCCUCCGCCACCGCCGCCGCCGCCGUCGCAACCAUCGUCAACUGAUGUGAACAAAAAUGUGCAGAAUACGCUGUUUUCGGCGCUGGGAAUCGGCACACCUGGCGGAAAUUCGAAGGCGCCGCCGCCAAUUGAGAAACCGCCAACGUUCUCAGAUUCCCGACAUCAUGCGACGCCUGUUCGUCGCCAUCUUCCCCCGCCACCACAUCGUCCGUAUUCGGGGAAUGUGUCGUUUUUCAAUCAGCCGUCGACAUCGAAUGGCGGCUCUCACCGAAGACGUGGUGGUUAUAAUAAGCGUUAUCCAAAUCAUUGA